AUGAGCACCAGAGUUGUUGUUACAGGACUCGGCGCACUCACUCCGCUGGGUAAGACAGUCGCAGAGUCAUGGGCUGCUCUUCUCGCGGGCAAAUCUGGAAUUAGGCCCAUCGGCGAGCUCGCCAAUGCAGAAAGUUACGAGCGGCACUGCCCUCCGUCGCUGGCCGUAGCAGACGUCAAGGAAUUCGACCCGCACGCUUAUGGGAAUUUGUUCACGUCCCAAGAUCUCCGCAGAAUGAGUCAGUUCACGCAGUUUGCCGUGGUCGCUGCGCAGGAGGCACUCCGGGAUGCGAAUUUGAUUGAGACGCUCCAAAAGGGCCGUAACGACAGGGUCGGCUGCGUUAUCGGAUCAGGCAUUGCAUCCGUCCACGACAUGUACGACUCGAUUGUAGAGUUUGACCGCGGCAAACGCUUAUCGCCCAGCUUCGUCCCCAAGAUUCUCUCCAACAUGGCCUGCGGCAAUGUCUCGAUCAAGUUCCAACUUCGAGGCGUGUCUCACUGCGUGUCUACCGCGUGUGCCACGGGCAACAAUGCCAUAGGAGAUGCCUACAAUUUCAUUCGGCUUGGCUACAAUGACGUGUGCCUUGCAGGCGCUAGUGAAGCCAGCGUACACCCACUGGCUCUGGCAGGGUUCCUGCGGGCCAAAAGUAUCACACCUAGUGGCAUAUCAAGGCCUUUCGACAAAGAAAGGAACGGGUUUGUGCUGGGAGAGGGUGCCGGCCUUCUGGUGCUUGAAUCCUUGAAGCAUGCCCAAGAUCGCGGCGCUCGAAUCUACGCGGAAGUCGAGGGCUAUGGGCUGACGAGCGAUGCGCACCACAUCACUUCUCCUUCGGAAAACGGCGAUGGUGCCAGAAGAGCCAUGGAGAUGGCUCUCAAUAAUCAAACCCGGUCCCAGGUCGACUACGUCAACGCACACGCGACCUCGACUGUUCUCGGCGACAGGGCAGAGGCCCAAGCUAUCUCCAACAUUUUGUCGGGGGACGGCAAAGAUGCAAUUAAGGUGUCAAGCAACAAGGGUGCUAUCGGCCACCUGCUAGGCGCUGCUGGUGCUGUCGAAAGCAUAUUUACGAUCAAAAGUCUACAGGACGGAGUUGUGCCCCACACAUUGAACCUGCACUCGGUCGGAGGCGCGAGCGGCGACGAGGCCGAGAAUUUCGAACGUUUGGAUCUCGUCAGAGGCGCGCCGGCAAAACACGAUAUUCGCCGCGCCCUGAAUAACAGCUUCGGGUUCGGUGGGAUUAACUCGUCUAUAGUUUUCAGGAGAUGGGAAGUAUAA